UGAAGCUGACAGCUGCAUCGGCUGUUAUAUGGGAGGUUUACAUUGCAAGCUGAUACGUCGUUAAUAUAAUUUAACGCUCUUGCUUUGAAAUAUUGUUAAGCACUCUGUGUCAAUCAAAUACUGAUUAUAUACAAAACAACUUGCCAGACGGAAUGAUGUGAAGGAAAUUAUCUGGCAUAUAAGUCCGAAGAAUGAUUCAUCCUGAAUUUUUUGUGAGAUCGGUUUAAGGAAAUCCCCGGUGAAAAAAAGGGAAAAUCCCCAAAAGAAAAUAUAAAAUACUCGAGAGUUCCGCAAGUUUAACUGAUUUAUAGUUGUCUCAGGGUGAAUUUUAUCUGUGUCGAUGUUAUUUGAGUGAUUGUAAAGGAUCAGCUUCGCAACGACCAAAAUGCUGAAAACAAAAUCGCAACAACAAAAAAAUAUCCUUAACACAAUAAUCAGUGCACUGCCAGACAAUCGUCCCAUAACUUCACUGCAGCUCGUCGAGGAUUACGAGAAAUGCCCAAAUAACUUCCAACCCAUCAACAAAACCUAUGACCAGGACCAAGAUGCCGAUCUCUGGCGCGAGAACAUUUUGUUUGGCAGAAGAAGCUCUAGAUAUUUGUGCUUGUCGAAAACUGAAGGGCUUCCUGAUUAUAUUCUGGAAACGCUCAAAGUAAUCGGCGAUAAGGAAGCUCUACCGGAGGGAUUCUCUCAGCUGACUCGUACAGCCGAUAGUGAGCAAAAGGCGUGGCGAAAGAAGCAAAUCGUCUAUCGGCUCGCAAAGAAGGGAGUAGCCAAACAGGCAAUCACCGAUAUUAUUCUUUGUUCAAGAUUGAGGCAAGCGCCUGAAGGAUUUUCUUUGGCUGGUGAAGUGAAUGGAAUUCUAAUAUGCUACAAGACAACAUUAAUGGCACACCGUGCGCCACCCAGCGUUCCGUCUAGACAAAGUAUAUCCGAUCUAGAAAAAACUAUUGAAGAUUUGAAGAUACAAGCCGGACAAGAUAAGCCACACUCGAUGCCACUUGAACCUCUAGACCAUGAUUACGAACAGUUACUGCCAUCAUAUCAAAUAUCACCGAAACGGCCAGCUCCUAUGCCUCCAGCUUAUUCAAUGGGAACUUUAAAUGUUCAUACUGGAAUGGAAGGAGUCCCAUUCAUACUGAAUCCUGCUUUGUCCAGUAACUCAUUUGAACUUCCUCAAUUUUAUGUCGCGACUGGAAAAGAUCUUACGUAUGAUUUCCAACUCGAACGUCAGAUAUUGUGUACAACCAAGACAACGAAUGCUCAAAACAAGAAUCCAUUCUUCCAUUAAUACGAAUCUCUUUUCGUAUGUCUGCCAAGGAAUAUGAUGCUGGAAUUAGUUACAACCCAAACCCUCAACGCCACCCUAAUACGCUAUUCAUAAUAUGUUCAGGUGUGCAUAAUAUGAACUUGCAAUACCAAUCACAACUAAAUUCUAUAUAAGUUGCAUUGGCAAAAUUCCAUUGGAAAAGUUAGUGCCACCAUAGAGAUAGAAGCACGGUCAUUGAAGCUCUCCGGAUGGAUUUCGUGAGUUAGGAACUAGGAUCCAAACAUCUGAUUUUAAUGGCCUUGUCGUAAAUAGUUACAAAUUUUCGAUUGAAGUUGAAACAAGACGUUAUCGUAAGCCAAAAGUUAUGAGAAAAAUAGCCUUCCCCUUGUACCACAUAAUUAUCAGUUAAUAUUCAUCUACAACAGUUGAUCCCGCAUUUUUUGCAUUGUUAGGAACAGUAUUUUAAGGUCGAAUUCGAAUAGAAAUAUUACCAAUGGUAAGAGUAUUUGAAGAAAGUGAGAUUUAUUGGCACUGAGUAGAAUUAAUAACUACAACAGAAUCUUUUAUUGGAAUUUAUUGUAUGAAAAUAAAGUUUGUGUUCAUAUUAGAUGACAA